AGUGGGGGUCCUGACCAGCCUGGUGCUUGCCUGUCGAGACAGCCACCAAGGCACAUCCUCUUGUCAGUCCGGCAAGCGACGCCGCUCCUCGCUCUUCUCUCUGCCAGACAACAGAAGAACGGUCAGUACCUCCCUAUUGAGAUGCGCCCGAGCUCUUGGGUGAGGAACACUGGCCCCCUGUAUCCGGAUCAGACCAGCCUAGCUGCUGGACCCCUGAGGACAGCACCACUGGGAUCCCACUUAAGCCUGUACCCACAGCACCAGGAAUUGUUGCUCAAGACUGGGUGCAGUUGUGCUGCUAGGAGGAGCCUGGUCUUCAGGAGAAAAAUGUCUGUUCAGGAUUGGAGGGACAGACUGUCCCAGAGUUGGCUUCCUGAUCAUCUCUCCCUCUUCUGCUCCCCAGUUUCCACAAAAGCCACCUUCCCCUCCAGUCUCGUAGCCUCCUUUGAUUGUCAGUCACAACCUGGGAGAUAGUAACCCAGAAGAAUACACCUGCUUGCAGGGACAGAGGAUGUGAUGGAGCUGCUUGAAGAAGAUCUUACGUGCCCAAUCUGUUGCAGUCUGUUUGAUGAUCCUCGAGUUUUGCCUUGCUCUCACAACUUUUGCAAAAAAUGCUUAGAAGGGAUCUUAGAGGGGACUGGGCGGAACUCAUUGUGGAGGUCAUCUCCAUUCAAGUGCCCCACAUGCCGUAAGGAAACUUCAGCCUCUGGAGUCAAUAGCCUGCAGGUUAAUUACUCCCUAAAGGGUAUUGUGGAGAAGUAUAACAAGAUCAAGAUCUCUCCAAAAAUGCCAGUGUGCAAAGGACACUUGGGGCAGCCUCUCAACAUUUUCUGCCUGACUGAUAUGCAGCUGAUCUGUGGAAUCUGUGCUACACGUGGUGACCACACCAAACAUGUCUUCUGUUCUAUUGAAGAUGCCUAUGCUCAGGAAAGGGAUGCCUUUGAGUCCCUCUUUCAGAGCUUUCAGACCUGGCGUCGGGGAGAUGCUCUUUCUCGUUUGGAUACCUUGGAAACUAACAAAAGGAAAUCUCUACAGUUACUGACUAAAGAUUCAGAUAAAGUGAAGGAAUUUUUUGAGAAGUUACAACACACAUUAGAUCAAAAGAAGAAUGAAAUCCUUUCUGACUUUGAGACCAUGAAACUUGCAGUUAUGCAAGCCUAUGACCCAGAGAUUAACAAACUCAACACCAUCUUACAGGAACAACGAAUGGCCUUUAACAUUGCUGAGGCCUUCAAAGACGUGUCAGAACCAAUCAUAUUUCUGCAACAGAUGCAGGAAUUCAGGGAAAAAAUAAAAGUAAUCAAGGAAACUCCUUUACCUCCCUCUAAUUUGCCCACAAGCCCUUUAAUGAAGAACUUUGAUACCAGUCAGUGGGAAGACAUAAAACUAGUAGAUGUGGAUAAACUUUCUUUGCCUCAAGACACUGGCAUACUCAUUGGCAAGAUUCCCUGGAGCUUUUAUAAGUUUGUAGUAGUCAUUCUGCUUGGCCUUCUCAUUUUCUUCGGUCCUACUAUAUUCUUAGAAAGGUCUUUAUUUGAUGAGUUCUCAACCUGGAAAGACCAUCUUUCACACUUCAGUUCCUAUCUGACUAAAUCGCCUGAUUUUGUAGAACAAUCAGUUUUUUACUGGGAACAGGUGACAGAUGGGUUUUUCAUUUUCAGUGAAAGAUUCAAGAAUUUUACUUUGGUGGUCCUGAAUAAUGUGGCAGAGUUUAUGUGCAAAUAUAAACUAUUAUAAAAUCUAUUUUAAGUGCAUAGUUCUCUUUUUCUGUUAGACAUUUGUUCGAGAACAGAGUGGUAGUUCAGAUUUGGUCAAAGAUUCCAGUCAGAUACUUUCCUUCAAAAGUAAUAUCUUACACAUGCCUUUCAAAUUAGGUAGUAUAAAGAUAAAAGUGAAAUUUAACUGUACAGUCCUGAGCCCUCCUUUUUUAAAGAGUGCUUUUGAAAUAAGUAUCAUACUCCCCAAUAUUGUGUUUAUGCUAUGUGAAAAGGGGAGGUGAGAGAGCACAUGAUGUAAUAUUGUAUUGAUGAGGUAAUGUAAUAGUGAUUGAAUCUAAUAAAGACUACUCUUAUAAAGCAA